UUCUGGUUGACAGGUUUCUUAUUUCAAUGUUUUUCAAAAUAAUAUAAACCGCAAUAAUGCUCGGUCGACUGUGUGUCGCAGGGAAACCGCAGUUGCUCCAAGAUUAACGUCGCUGUCAACCAAACCACACGAAGUAAUAACUUUAUGUAUUGAGUGUUCCCAAUCGUGUGACAGGUUCAGUGUAGCCGUUUUUCAGGCCGCUCGGGUGAUAGGGAGAACGCGAGGGCGUGCUGGUCAAACUCACGAUAGAACUGCAGGCUUACGCACAUGUUAAGUAUUGUAUGAAGACGUAGGCACGGUCGCGAGAAGUUGAGCAACAUACAUUGUACCUACUAGUACCUGUUCAAGGAGAAAUCGAUUGUCACAACGGAAGUGGACACAAACGGCUUUGCCCUAGGAAGGUAUCCACCUACUACCACGCAGUUCAUGAUACUAGUUUCACCGUAAAUAAAACAUAACCGAGUGAGACAGGGAUUGACGUUUUUGAGGAUUGUCAGACAAAUCUCGUUAAAAAAAUGAACUGGAGGAUAUUAAUCUUCAUAUAUAAUUCAUUCUUACUUAUAGGAUCAACAUUAUGUGAUGAGCUGACAGCUGAAACCAGACUUAAAAUAGACAUGCUGAAGAAUUACAGCGUCACUUCUCGGCCGGUCGCAAAUCUUUCUCAACCCGUCCUUCUGAAAGUGGGGAUUGCUCUGAACCAGAUUAUUGAUCUUGACGAGAAGAAUCAAGUUAUGCUCAGUAGUAUUUGGCUAAGACUGUCAUGGAAAGACGAGUUUUUCCACUGGAACGAAAGUGAAUACCAAGGCUUGAAAGAGAUACGUAUGCCGACAUCGGAAAUAUGGAAACCGGAUUUAACGUUAUACAACGACGUUCGAGAGGAGGAGCGGCCCUUGGAUCGUUAUUCGGCCGUUAUCUAUCCAGAUGGCACGGUCUUUUGGCUGUUCCCAGUCAUCCUGAAGAGUUACUGUAAACUGGAUGUCACUUACUUUCCAUACGACCAACAAAAUUGCCCCUUCAAAUUUGGUUCAUGGGGUUAUCAUGGCUUCCAACUGGAUGUCACCAAUAGAUCGGUGUCUGGAGACAUGUCUAGUUUCAUUGACAAUGGGGAGUGGGAAUUGGUGGAUAUUCCAGUACGACGCCAUGAAAUAUAUUACGGAUGCUGUCCCGAGCCCUAUCCUGACGUCACAUUCUACGUGAUCAUCAAGAGGCGUUCACUAUAUUAUAUUUUCAACAUCGUUCUACCUUGUAUUCUAAUCGUUUCUAUUGCCCUUGUUGCGUUCUACCUGCCUCCAGAGUCUGGAGAAAAAGUGUCUCUGGUCAUAACAGUUCUACUUGCUCUGACCGUCUUCAUGUUGUUGAUUGCUGAAAUCAUGCCGCCGCAGUCAGAGGUUGUCCCGCUAAUCGGACAAUACUUUGUGGGCGCCAUAUCCCUCCUGUCCUUGUCAACGGCUCUGACGGUGUUUGUAAUGAACCUGCACUACUCUGGUAACCACGGGAGACCCGUCCCUAACUGGUUAAGAAAGCUCACUUUUCAUUGGAUAGCUAGAAUUGUCUGUAUGACGAAAAUAGUCAAAAGAAAAAUGCAGGUCCAUCCAGUUUGCCAGCUAGAAAAUGGAAAUGUCAGUCCGAAGAAAAAAUCCCCAAAGAAACCAAAGAAGCGCCAAAAGAAAUCUGACAUACUAGCCAAAAUCUCAGACGGCAUUACUCUCUCUCCUCAACCUACUCUUUCUCCAAUUCGCGCACCAUCCUCUCUCUCAAACGGUGGUAUUUGCUGUGGAAUGGCGAACAACAUCGGUGGAGGAAUCGAAGAAACUAACAAUCUCCUAAAUCAAAUUUUGACUCACAUAACCUAUCUUGGUGCCACAGCGGCGGACUACAGGAUGCUACGUGGCGUGGAGUCAGAGUGGCACUUAGUUGCUAUCAUUAUCGAUAGACUGUUGCUUAUGAUAUUCGCUCUCAUGACGCUUAUUUUAACGUUGUUCUUUUUGUGUUUUCAACCAAGUUAUGAGUACUCCGUGGAUUAAUUUUUUACAAUUGUCGUCAAAUGAGUCUCCGUGCUGUCAUAUUUC